AUGGCGACGCCGCUUGCCGAACCACAGAGCCACGAUAAUAAUAUGCCAUACGAUCACGAAGCGGCGGACGAAGGAAGGCUCGCCGCCGCCGCCGCCACCGCCGAUGGCGCCGACUCUCCAAUUCCCGUGACGCGGCGCGAGGAGUGGGGGUGGUAUCUGUACGACGUGGCGGUUUCCGCGUUUUACUCGGUCGCGCUGCCCGUGUUCUUCCCGCUGCUCCUCAACCAACUCGCCUCCGACGCCGCGUGGCAGCAGGCGGGGCAGCCGCGCCCGCCCGACUGCGGCGUCGACGGCGUCGCCGUGUAUUGCGCGCAGUGCGUGCCGGGCGAGGGAAUGCAGCUGCUGACGUCCGCUGGCUACUCGCUGCUGCCGAAUCCCAAGGUGCAGGUGGGGGGCGGGGCGAGCAUAGACCCCGUGGCAUUCGCUACAGUCACACUGGGUCUGUCCGUGGUGUGCCAGGUGGUCGCAUUCAUCACCCUCGGACCCCUCGCUGACUAUGGCAUGGGGCGCAUGCGCCUCCUUCAGGGCGGCACAGCCAUGGGCAUAGCAGCAUGUGCGCUCUGCAUGGCGCUGGUCUCUCCGUCCCUCUGGUGGCUCUCCGGGCUGCUGCUAAUCAUUGCCAAUGUGGGCUACGGCCUGGCCAUUGUCGCUUACUACAGCUAUCUGCCUGUCCUGGUGGAUGCGGCCCCUCCGGUGCUGCUCGCCGCACAGCUCGCAGUGAACGCGCAAGCAGAGCUCUCAGGUGCUGCUGCUGCCAAUGUUCCUCGUGCUGCUGCUGGGCUGGAGUCAGCAGAGAAAGCAGCAGCAGAGGGGGGUGGGGAAGAAGGAGAGAAGGCGGUGAUGGGAGCGCUGGAAACGCCGGUGGCAGAGCCGCAUGCACAUGCAGGCAGGCAGGGCUGUCCCGAGGCAUUCGUUGCUGUGGACUCGUGUGGGGUGGAAUCUGGUGGGUGGAGUCAAGGCGACCUGUUCACACCGCUGCUUGUCACCAGGGACCAGGAGGAGAAUCGCAUGUCACUGACAGGCUCCGUGGGGCUGAAGGCGCCUUGGGAGCUGUUUGUGUUUGCGUGCUGGUUUGGGUUUUUUCUGGGCGGGCUGAACGCGUACUCGAAGACGCUGUUUAUUGAUAUGAUCCCUGUGGGGCGCGAGGCGGCGUUUUUCUCGCUCUACUCUGUGAGCGACAAGGGCUCGUCGUGGCUCGGGCCGUUCAUUGUCGCCAUCAUUGUGCAGAUCACGGGUGAGCUCCGUCCGAGCUUCCUCUAUGUGUUCCUGGUCAUCCUCAUUCCCUUAGUCUGCCUGUACUUCUUUGUCAACCAUCAGCAAGGCAUUGUGGAUGCCGCGCGAGUCGCCACGCCGGCCGUCGCUUCAGCCGCAGUCUGCGCGCCUGCGGCAUCUUCAAGGCGGCUACCCACCGCACCCAGCGCCGUUUUGUGCCGCCACGACCCGCACCAGCACAACGGCAGAUGCCAAUUCCACCCCGCGCACCGACAGCACCGCCUCCUGCGACGCCAGAACUCGCUGCAGCGAGCGAUCGGCCAUUCCAUGCGACCAGCUGCUUCCGGACCGUCGCCUGCGACGCCGGCGACGUCGCCCAGGGCGAGCAGCUCCGCCGCGUCGUCGCCGCCACCGUCGUCGUCGUCGGCCUCUGUCGCGCGGCCGAGUCGCACGCCGCACAGCGGGUACCACUACGCGCCGAGCAGCAGCAGCGGCAGCGGCGGAGGCGCUGAGCAGCCGUUCUUCGAGGGAUGGUACUUCAAGGUGUCGCUUCCCGAUUCACGCGACUCGUUCGCCUGGAUGUACUCCGUUGAAAACCCCUCCGCGCCUCCCCCUGAAGCCGCCGCGUCUUCUUCCCCCGGCGCGCGGAAGGGGGGGCUGCCGUGCUUGAUGAUGCAGGCGAUGGGGCCGGCGGUGGACAGGCAGGCGGAGUGGGGGCGCGGGGAGGCGGGCGCGGAGGGCGGCGGGGAUGCGAGGGACUAUGUGUAUCAACAAACGGCGGACACGGGACGAUUCUGGGGAGCGCGGCACGAGUUGGCGCUGGGAGCGUGCUUCCAGCCCAGGGAGGGGCAGGUGUCGCCUCUGGGGGAGGUGCCACCUCAGCAUAGUGCGCUGGCGCUACGAGCUUUUGAACCGCACUGGCAGGUGUGCAUGGCGAUGGGGCGAGCAAGAGGGUGGGUGGAGUGGCAAGGGCACCGCAUUGACUUCACAGACGCACUCACCUACUCGGAGAAGAAUUGGGGCGGCGCCUUUCCCCUCAAGUGGUUCUGGAUCCAGUGCAAUGUGUGGUCGCACGUGUCCCUGGGGUCCGCAGUGGCGCUCACAGUGGCGGGGGCGAAGCGCCAGCUCAACCUGCCGCUGGUGGCCAACUCAAUAGAGGAAGUGGGCAUGGUGGGGCUGCACUGGGAGGGGCAGUUGAUCGAGUUUGUGCCCAACAGGGGCGUUGUGGAGUGGAAGGUGCAGCCGUGGGGCAGCUGGCUCAUGCACGCUCAGAACGAGCAGUAUGAGGUAACAAUGGAGGCGCACACACUCCCAGGCGACAAUGGCACGCCCCUGAGGGCGCCCACAGCGGAGGGCAUGAGGUUCUUCUGCAAGGACUCGUUUGACGGGCGGGUGACGCUGGAGCUGCGCCAGCGGUACUCGGGGCAGUUGCUCCUGAGGGCGGAGAGCACAGCAGCAGCGGUGGAGGUGGGGGGAGGGCCGUGGUGGGAGGCGUGGGAGCAGAGAAGCCGCAUGAACCCCGCUCAGAGCGCUGUUAUCUCGCUGCCUCUCAACCUCUCCUCCUUGCUCCCACCCUCCCUGCAACCUCCGGGACUGUGA